GAAGAAAUGAACAUGAGUGCAAUUCACGGCCGACCAACCAAUUUUUUUCAUCGAUUCAUAUGAUAUUUUCUGGGCAGGAAAUAACUCUGCAUAGGUGCUACCCAGUUUUUAGUGGCCUUCUGUCACGAAUCACAAACGAACUUCUUUGCUGAAUCAGACCUUUGCAUACGGUCUGUUCAGAUAUUUUGAUAAAGAUGGUGUGUUGGUAGAGUACAGAUGAGUGUUUCUGUUUCGUUCGGGACCAGUGAAGACGUUUAUUACUGGUACUUUAGAAUCUGUCUUGGCCGCAUAGCAUUGAGAACAUAAGAGAGGUGAGCGAUGUUGCGGACAUUGAGCGAUCCGUUCUGUCGAAGAGGCAGUUCACGUAUACUGCAAGCCAGCAUCACGAAUCCGCAGAUCGUCCCCGGUUUCAUUCGAGACUAUAACAAUUACAAAACAAGUGGAGAAAUGGCAAAAUUGAAGCCGCCGAGCCCUGCCACUUUGUUUUACAAUGAGCCUAAAUGGCCAAAGGUACUGGAUAUGACCCCAGAUGCUAAGGAACGCCGCGAGCGGCAAAAGUUCUACGACGAAAUCCAGAGUUACCCGACGGCCAACCAUAAACUGUACAUGAUUAACACUGAACGAGGAAGACGAUCAGUAUUUUAUAAUCCGCCUCAACCGGGCUACAAUGCACUGGAAAGCUAUCAAUACGCGACGCGAACAGCGUAUAAAUCAGAACCAGAAACAGAAGAACUACCCGAGGUAAGCAGCGAUAUUCUCUCUGCCGUUGAAGAAAUCAUUGUAGCGCAGAGUUCAGCCUUCGAUUCUCGAUCGAAAAUGAAUGACAUUCUUGAGCCAGCCCCUAUCCCAAUAACUUCGACGAACUUUCCUGGUUCCUUUGAGGGUUAUUCGUUUGAACCUUCUGCAGAAGUUUUUCAUGAGCGGACACGAGCUCAGCAUGUGAUGAUUGCGAUUAUCAACGCGCUUAGGUGCUUACUUGCGCUGUCGGACAAUUUCACAUUGGAGCAAGCUCGACUCGAGGCUUUUUGGGAACAUCAUCGCUAUCGUACGAAUAAAAAGGAUAUCGACCACUUUUCGCCCAUGCUCCAAUACGCCGGUCAAGCAGAUCUCCUCAUUUCGACGCCAAUCCCUCUAAAGCCACUUGUAGCAGCUGACUCGGAAGAAGUGUAUUCUUUAGACUUUCCUCAGUAUGAUUAUUAUCCCGAAGUCCAGGGCUGGCAGGAAAAGGAACGACACUUGGUUAGCACGGUUGGUUACUGGCCGGAGUGUAGGAACUUCCCGCUGGUGAUAGCUGAUGACAUGAACAAGGUACUUACGACUACUGGGGACCCAUCCCUGUCAACUGAGUCGUUUCAGUCGUCAGAACGACGCAAUCGUUUGUUGGCUGCACACGGUCUUUUGUCAAAUUUCGCCUGCGCAGUUGCGACAGCUUAUACUCAUGGUUUCACACUAUAUCAUGAAAUAACGUACCCGAUUGUCUCACAAUGCAUCAUAUCCGAUGGCCAGCAAUGGCAUUUUUCACGGCUACAACUGAAUACGUUGGCCUUUGGUGCAGAUUUCAAUCAAGAUCGCCAAAACCUUGCGUGGAGCUCUAACGAGAUGAAACUUUAUGAUACUGUAGAAGAUGGAAAAGUUAAAGGUUUAAAUCAGAACGUGAUCGCGAAAAUUAUUGCCACAUUAACGGCAACUCGGGAGCCCAUUGAAAAUCCAUCUCCCUAUGUGGAUCUUGACGCCGAAAAGGAAUUCCUUGACAGAGGGACCCGCUGCUGGAGGCACAUGGCCUCCCGAAGAUUCAACUUGGGCGAAUACCUAGAGAAAGAAAUUCCGAUGUGGGCAAAGAUCUACAAGAUGCAUCCCGACGCCCUGCCGUCACCUCAUCUCAAAUGGGAGCGUCAGAAAUAUUUGCACAUGCGCCAGUACAACAAGAAGAUUCUUGAUAUGGAAAUGAAGGUCCUCUCAGAUGCUCGCAAACAGAAGAGACGGGAACGUCUUCUGUAUGGCCUUCAUCUCAAGUCUGCCUAAGGUUAUCGUUUAUGUAACAUUAGCUCACGUCUACAACGAGAAAACAAUGUAUUUUUGAGGGCCAUAGGAAUGUGAUCGCGGCGAUGUUUCUACGCGUACUAAGUCUGAAGACAUGACUGUUUUUGCUAUCAAUCAGGUACUUCGUUAAUGAUUGCGGCUACACCCAACUAUGUGAUACAGGAAUGUUGUGUGACAAGGAAGUGGUGGUGAUACAUAAUAGAAAAAAACAUUAAAUACAUACCUUGAAGAGGCUUAUGGUACAACGAGUUGAUUACUAAUUAGAAAAUCGAUUCUAACUAUCUGUCAGUUUACGCAAUCUUUAUCUACGCAAUUAUCAAAAAGUGCAAACCUCCCUCCGCCUUAAUUGAUGUUAACAACCAUUUUUGUCGCAGCGCUUUCCAAUAGAGGAUUUCGAUCUUCUCUUUGGGUAUAGUGGUAUAAAUCUGAAAAAACUUGCUGGUUAAUUUGGUCGAAUCUCUGUAUACUGUCAGACUCAAUAAUGAGCUGAGAAAAAUUGUUAUCAAACUGUGCCAUGUUCUACCAUUGCAAAGCAUCUAGAUGAAGGUGUUGGUUGCGUAAAUAGAGCAAUAAAGGAUGAUGAUUUUUAACGUUCGUGCUAUUUCAUAGAAAUUUGUGUACUAGGAUGUGUUGUCUUAUCUUAGUGAAAGCAGCAUUUAAAAUUUUAAUAAAGCUUAAACGAUUGCGAAGCUUAAGCGAAUAAAAAGGCA